GUUUGCACACUAAGAUACAGAAGAGAAACGGACAGUAGCCGAGGUGUUUUUGAUGGCAUUGGUCAGAAUAAUAUAAUUCACGCGACGUUUCUUCCUACAAGACUGUGAUUUGAAAGAUUAUUUCUACCUUCAGCGCUUCAUAGUUGUGACAGCCGGGUGUGUUGGAAUGUACAGGACAAUAGAAACAGGAGAGCGGCUACUUGACAGAAGUAGCGACAUAAACCACCAUGUCUCGUUUGUAGAACACAGCCAAGCGAUUACAAUGAAGCCUCAGGACAUUAUCAAAGAAAAGAGCAGCUUGUGGAUAUUUGGAUAUGGCUCCUUAGUGUGGAAACCGGAUUUUGCUUACAAGAGGUGCAAAGUCGGCUGUAUUAAGGGAUACAAAAGGCGCUUCUGGCAUGGAGAUGAUUUUUAUCGAGGGGACAAGGAAAAGCCAGGCAGAGUGGUCACACUAGUGGAGGAUCCGGAGGCUUGCACAUGGGGAGUGGCCUAUGAGGUGACUGAUUCCCAGAUUGAAGAGUCCCUUCAGUACCUGAACAUGAGAGAAGUUGUGUUGGGGGGUUACAUAACAGAGAUGGUGGAGUUCAUCCCUAAGGAGAAGGGCCAGGCUCCUCUGUUGGCCCUCGUCUACAUCGCAACUUCCAACAACCCCAUCUACCUCGGCCCGGCCUCAGACAAGGAGAUUGCCGCCCAGAUUGCCGUCUGCAGGGGCAACACAGGCCAUAAUAUUGAAUACCUGGUCCGCCUGGCAGAGUUCAUGAGGCUCUACUGUCCCGAGGUAGAGGAUGAGCACCUCUUCUCCAUCGAGGCGGCUGUUCUGAAAACAUUCCAUGACUGUGGAGGGAUCAAACCUCCAGACCAAAAAUCCCUACUGCUGGGAGCUACAUAAAAUAUAAGGCACUCCACAUCAAAACAGUGUUAAUGUAUUUAUGCUGGGUGAAAGGGAAAUCCUGCUACACGUGUUUAAGUGUAUUCGGUGCUUGAAAGAGGAAAACCUGAUUUGGUGCCAAGCAAAAUAUAACAGUGGUUACAUUUUUAGUGGCUAACUAUUUUUUAGGUUGCAACAUAACCUGAGAGAGUUGUCUCAUGUUCCUCAGCGCUCUGCUUUUGACCUGCUCACUUGACAUUUUUCCACUGUGAAGACAGAGAAUUUAAAAUAUGUAGGUUAUAAACACGUUACUGUGUACUGUAUACAAAUUCCAGAAGCAUGUUUUGCUUUUAAAAAGUUCACAGCAAGAGAUGACUUCUCUUUUUGAAUACAUAAUGUCUUACACCUUUGUUGUAAAAGGGGUCUCAGAAGCAAUUGUACUCUCUGUUCAUUUUUAAAAUGUAUUUUAAUAAAAACACUGAAAUCUG